UUUCUUCAACUUUCCCGUCCUUUUGCUUUCUUCUUCCCUCCUUAAAUUAAAAUCACGUACAAUUCACUCUGUUAUCAUCGAAAACUCCUAAUCUCAGUUUUCGUUUUCUUCCUCAAUCUUUUCUACAUUGUUUUUCUUUUGAUUUGUUAAGAAGGAACAAGGGAAAACAAUGGCUACGGCUAUGGAUCGGAUCGCUUUUUUCUCUUCCUCGUCCGUUCAUCAACUUUCUUAUCAUUCUCGUUAUCGUGGCUCCAGAUCUUCCAGAGUUUUCAUGGCUUCCGCUAUCCGUCCCUCCUCUAUAGAGGCUACGAAUGGAAGGAAACCGUAUAUCCCUCCUCGAGAGGUGCAUGUUCAAGUGAAAUAUUCAAUGCCACCACAAAAGCUGGAGAUCUUCAAGUCAUUAGAAGGAUGGGCUGAUGAGAACUUGUUGCCUUACCUUAAACCUGUUGAGAAGUCGUGGCAGCCAACUGAUUUCCUGCCUGAAGCUGAGUCAGAAGGAUUCUUUGAGCAAGUGAAGGAGUUAAGAGAAAGGUGCAAGGAGCUUUCUGAUGACUACUUCGUAGUGCUUGUUGGUGAUAUGAUCACAGAGGAAGCACUUCCCACUUAUCAGACCAUGAUUAAUACCUUGGACGGUGUUAGGGAUGAGACAGGAGCAAGUCCUACCCCUUGGGCGGUAUGGACGAGGGCGUGGACUGCAGAAGAGAAUAGGCAUGGAGAUCUUCUUAACAAGUAUCUUUACUUGUCUGGAAGAGUAGACAUGAAGCAGAUUGAAAAGACAAUUCAAUACCUGAUUGGUUCUGGAAUGGAUCCAAAAACUGAAAACAAUCCUUACCUGGGUUUCAUCUACACGUCUUUUCAAGAAAGAGCUACCUUCAUCUCCCAUGGAAACACUGCCAGGCUGGCAAAGGAGCUUGGGGACUCGAAACUCGCGCAGAUUUGCGGCACCAUUGCUGCUGAUGAGAAGCGCCAUGAAACUGCUUACACCAAGAUUGUAGAAAAGCUCUUUGAGAUUGAUCCUGACACCACCAUCGUGGGAUUUGCUGACAUGAUGAAGAAAAAGAUCUCGAUGCCUGCCCAUCUGAUGUGCGAUGGUCGUGAUGAUAAUCUGUUUGAACACUUCUCGUCCGUGGCACAGAGGCUUGGUGUCUACACUGCCAGGGACUAUGCUGAUAUACUGGAAUUUCUUGUGAAGCGAUGGAAUGUGGAGAACUUGGCAGGCCUUUCUGGUCAGGGACACAUGGCACAGGACUAUCUCUGUGGAUUACCUGCUAGGAUCCGAAAAAUUGAAGAGAGGGCUCAAAGGAGAGGCAAAGAAGCUGCAAGAAACAUACCUUUCAGCUGGAUUUUCGGUCGAGAGAUAAGGGCUUAAAGGAGAUGCAAUCUCUUUACCAACACCAUGACUGAGGAGGUAUUGGAACAUGUGUAGAUAAAGUAUGUGUCUUGAUCACCUUAAAAUGAAUUACUCCGAAGAAUUUACUUUAUUUUUUAUUUAUUUGUGGUUCUCUCUAUUUGUUGUAGUUAUUAUUGUAUCCCAGUUCUCUAAUGUUUUUCCUCUCUCUCUAUUCUAAUAAUUUGUAAACCCUUUCUACUUUCAGAUUUGUUUCCUUUGUGUUUUACAUAGAAAAAAGGACAUGAUGUUUUGAAAUCUCAACUUUCCUCAUAAA